AUGGUUGAUUCCUCCGUGAACCUGUCGGGUUCGGGUCGUUUGCGCCGGCCUGUGUGGGCAACCCCACCGCAACCCCUGCAGUCUCUGGACGAUCCAUUGUUGAGGGGCGAGGCCUUGCUUUCACCGACGGUCGUGUCAUCGCACACGCAACUUCCAGGAUUGUUGAAGCAGCCGAGCUUUCCAAAGUCUGCGUCCGCACCGGUUUUCCCUGCCGCCGAGAAGAAGCCAGUGUUGCGGCCGCUAGAGCAUCGGCCAAGCACGUCCGCUGGCAGCGACGUGUCUGUACCAAGCAGAGGCACGGCUUGCGGGCAUGUCUUGGUGCUCAGGUGCUCAGGUGCUCGUUCCUUUUGUCAGCCGUUUUAUUCGGCUCAUGAGCUACCAAUUCUUUUGAUGCGUGGCAUGAAUGCUGCGAUGCCUCGCCUGUGCAGCUGUUGCUGCGUCCGCCACACGCGAUGUUGUGGCAGCCGAGCAACUCUUACACAGGUGGCAUCAUGA